AUGGCGCGGUCGUACGGCGGCCGCGUGCUGGGCGCGACGGUCUUGCUGGGCGUGCCGGGGGCGCUGCUGGCGGUGCUGGCCGCGCAGCUGCUGUUCCAGCUGCAGGCGGGGCGCGCGGAGCUGCGGGCCCGGGGGGCGCGCUCCGACCUGGGCCCCGAGCUGGGCGCCGGCCCCGGGCUGCCCGAGGACGCGGCCGGGGCGCUGCUGCCGCUGGCCGCCGCCUUGGCCGCGCUGGCGCUCGUGCUGGGCCUCGCGGGGCUGCUGCUGGCCGCGACGUGCGCGCACCUGGGCGCCGAGCUGGCGCGGGGACCCGGCGCGGGCAGGUCCGACUGGUUCCUGUGGGAUGGCCGCGCCCUCAGGCACGCAGCCCUGGGCUUCUUCUGCUCCGGGGUCACCAUCUACUUGGCAGCUCUGUCCAUCUAUUCCCUGCUGCUCUUCGAGAUCGAGACCGGCGCCACCACCGCCUCCAUCCUGGGCUUGGGGGUGCUUGUCCUGGUAUCCGCAAUGACCCUUGCUCUGCUCCGGGCUGCCCGUGCCUCACGCCGCCACCCCAACGAGCUGUCGCUGCCGACCCUGCCAGGCGAGGAUGAUGCCGCCCAGCCCGCCAGGGACUCCAAGCGUAGCCCCGGGGCUCCAUACCUUCAGGGUAGCCACCAUCGGAAACCCUGCUCAUCCUGGCCAGAACCCGGGGACCCCCUCAGAUCCACAGUGACAAUCAGGGGGGGAGGGCAGGAUAGCAGCCUGGUUGCAUCCCGCACACACCACACGCUGGUGCUGGCUAGUGGCAACCCAUGGGCAGGGGUCACCCAUGAGAUGUGCAGUGUACUGCGCCAUAAGCCGAGAAGCUCAGGAAAGGACUCCACUCUGGUGUGA